AUGGAACACGAAGGAUUUUCAAAGCUUGGCCUGGUUUCUCGCUUUGUCGUCUGUCUCCUUGCGCUGCAAAAUGUAUGUGCCGAGGUGAGCUAUUCUAUCCCAGAAGAGAUGAAACCAAGAACUGUCAUUGGAAAUAUAGCCAAAGAUCUUGGUCUGGAUAUAAAUACACUAUCAACUCGCAAGGCUCGUAUUGAUACAGAAGGGAAUAACGAACGAUUUUGUGUUGUGAACUUGAAAACCGGGGAUUUAAGUGUCGCUGAGCGGAUUGACAGAGAGAGUCUUUGUGGCACUAAACCAUCUUGCAUUUUAUCCCAGGAUCUUGUACUUGAGAAUCCACUGGAAUUGCAUCGUAUAAAUCUACAUAUUCAAGAUAUCAACGACAACUUCCCCCAAUUCAAAAGGGAUUUAAUUCGAAUGGAAAUAAGUGAGUCGGCGGAAAAGGGCACUCGUUUCGUAAUAGAGGAAGCACAUGACGAUGACAUUGGUCAAAAUUCAGUUCAGAGGUACAGCCUACAAAAGAAUGAAAAUUUUAUUCUAAUGAUUGAUGCUAAUAAAGCUGAACUUGUUCUAGAGAAUAAACUUGACAGAGAGAAACAACAAGAGAUUAAUUUGCUUCUAACAGCUGUUGAUGGUGGUUCUCCACAGAGAUCAGGUACUGUGAUCAUGUACAUCACGGUACUGGAUGCUAAUGAUAACGCCCCAGUGUUUAGCCAGGCCGUUUAUAAAGCCAGUCUGCCUGAAAACUCUCCUCUAGAUACUGUUGUGAUCACAGUGAGUGCUACUGAUGCAGAUGAUGGUGUUAAUGGUGAGGUUAGGUAUGACUUUGGUCAUGUUUCAGAAACUGAUGGAAAACUGUUUUCUAUUGAAAGGGCUACUGGGGAAGUUAAAUUAAUUGGCAGCAUAGACUUUGAGAAGAAGAAUUCAUUUGAACUUCGUGUCAUGGCAAAAGAUGGUUUAGGAUUAAGCUCCUACGCUAAGGUUUACAUAGAUCUUAUUGAUGUAAAUGACAAUGCCCCUGUGAUACAUUUGAAAUCUUUGACUAAUGCCAUACCUGAGAAUGUGUCACCUGGUACAGAGGUGGGCAUCAUUAAUGUGCAGGACAGAGACUCUGAGAAUAACGGACAGGUCCGCUGCUCCAUUCAGCAAAAUGUCCCUUUUAAGUUGGUUCCUUCUAUUAAAAACUACUAUUCUCUGGUGACUACAGGACAACUGGACCGUGAACUAGUGUCUGAUUACAACCUUACAAUCACUGCCACUGACGAGGGCUCUCCACCUCUGUCCUCCUCUAAAACUGUUCAGUUAUCUGUAGCAGACAUCAACGACAACCCACCUGUGUUUGAGGAACAGUCCUACAGCGCAUAUGUGACUGAAAAUAACAAACCUGGCUCCACUUUAUGUUCCGUUACUGCUCGAGACCCCGACUGGAGACAAAACGGUACAGUGAUUUAUUCUCUGUUACCUGGUGAGGUGAACGGAGCCCCGAUGUCCUCUUAUCUAUCUGUUAACGGAGACACGGGGGUGAUCCACGCCGUGAGGUCGUUUGAUUAUGAACAGUUCAGGAGUUUUAAAGUGCACGUGAUGGCCAGAGACAAUGGUUCUCCUCCGCUCAGCAGCAACGUGACCGUCAGUGUGUUCAUAUCGGAUGUGAAUGAUAACUCUCCUCAGAUACUGUACCCCGCCCCGGAGGGCAACUCCUUCAUGACCGAGCUGGUCCCCAAAGCUGCACACGGAGGCUCUCUGGUGUCCAAAGUGAUAGCGGUGGACACGGACUCCGGCCAGAACGCCUGGCUGUCGUAUCAUAUAGUCAAAUCCACUGAUCCGGGGCUUUUCAGUAUUGGUCUCCACAGCGGAGAGAUCAGGACACAGCGGGACAUUUCUGAAUCUGACAGCAUGAAACAGAACCUUAUUGUGUCAGUGAAAGAUAACGGACAGCCCUCUCUCUCUGCCACCUGUUCCAUGUAUUUACUUAUUUCUGAUAACUUGGCUGAGGUCCCAGAACUGAAGGAUAUUUCUUAUGAUGAGAAGAAUUCUAAACUGACCUCUUAUCUGAUCAUCGCGCUGGUGUCCGUUUCCACGUUUUUCCUGACCUUCAUUAUCAUCAUCCUGGGUGUGAGGUUUUGUCGCAGGAGGAAGCCCAGACUAUUGUUUGAUGGAGCAGUUGCCAUCCCCAGCGCUUAUCUCCCUCCUAAUUACGCAGAUGUUGACGGCACUGGAACUUUACGCAGCACUUAUAAUUAUGACGCCUACUUGACAACAGGGUCUAGAACCAGUGACUUUAAGUUCGUGACAUCUUACAAUGACAACACUCUGCCUGCUGACCAGACUCUGAGGAAAAAUCCCACAGACUUUGCAGAAGUGUUUGGUCUGCCAGAUGAGUCUCCAGAGGUAGGCCACUUCAUUUUUUGUAUCUAA